GUCCCUCCCUCUCUGCCACUAUCCGUCGGCCAGGCUGCUGCAGCGCUCAACCUGCCCGGGAUACAACACCAGAAAUCAGCCAUGUCUGACAAACUCCCCUUCAAAGUUGCUGACAUCACCCUGGCCGAGUGGGGGCGUAAGGCCAUUGAUAUCGCAGAGAACGAGAUGCCCGGUCUGAUGAAGAUGAGGGAGAUGUACAGUCAGUCCAAGCCUCUGAAGGGCGCCCGCAUCGCCGGCUGCCUCCACAUGACCCUGCAGACCGCCGUGCUCAUCGAGACCCUCAUCGCCCUCGGAGCUGAGGUUCAGUGGUCCAGCUGUAACAUCUUCUCCACUCAGGAUCACGCUGCUGCCGCCAUCGCCAAGGCUGGUAUUCCAGUGUACGCGGGGAAAGGAGAGACAGAGGAGGAGUACGUGUGGUGCAUACGAACAGACUGUGUACUUCAAAGGACGGUCAGCCCCUCAACAUGGAUCCUGGACGACGGAGGAGACCUCACCAACCUGGUCCACAAGAAGUACCCCAAACUGCUGCCAGGUAUCCGUGGAGUGUCUGAGGAAACGACCACAGGUGUCCACAACCUGUACAAGAUGAUGAAGAAGGGCGAUCUGAAGAUCCCCGCCAUCAAUGUCAACGACUCUGUCACCAAGAGUAAGUUUGACAACCUGUACGGCUGCAGGGAGAGUCUGAUCGACGGCAUCAAGCGCGCCACUGACGUCAUGAUCGCCGGGAAAGUCGCCGUGGUGGCGGGUUACGGUGACGUGGGCAAAGGCUGCGUCCAGGCUCUGCGCGGGUUCGGAGCUCGCGUCAUCGUCACCGAGAUCGACCCCAUCAACGCCCUGCAGGCCGCCAUGGAGGGUUAUGAGGUCACCACCAUGGACGAGGCCUGUAAAGAGGGAAACAUCUUCGUCACCACCACCGGCUGCGAGGACAUCAUCCUGGGACAACACUUUGAGAACAUGAAGGACGACGCCAUCGUCUGUAACAUCGGACACUUCGACUGCGAGAUCGACAUGAGCUGGCUCACCAAGAAUGCUGCGGAGAAGGUCAACAUCAAGCCUCAGGUUGAUCGUUACCGCCUGAAGAGCGGGCGUCACAUCAUCGUCCUGGCUGAGGGCAGACUGGUGAACCUGGGCUGUGCCAUGGGACACCCGUCCUUCGUCAUGAGCAACUCCUUCACCAAUCAGGUGCUGGCUCAGAUCGAGUUGUGGGUGAACACCUCCAAAUACCCCGUGGGAGUCUACUUCCUGCCCAAGAAGCUGGACGAGCAGGUGGCCGCCGCCCACCUGGACAAACUGGGGGUGAAGCUGACCAAGCUGACAGACAAGCAGGCCAAGUACCUGGGUCUGCCCAACGAGGGGCCCUUCAAACCGGACCACUACCGCUACUGAGCCCCCCCUCCCCCGAGCCCUGCUGGGGAGAGGAGGAGAAGGAGGAGGAGUGGCUGGACAGGUGUUGGUGUGUUGGUGGAUGAUGGGAGCUCUGGGACAGUUUCUCCAGGUUUCACUCUGGGAGCCAAAUAUCAAGUUUUCAGGGACAGAAACAGUUUGAUUUUCCCUCUUUAAAAAACAAAAAAACAAAAAACUUUUCAAUCAAACGCCGUGUUCUGCUUUUACUGAUCCUCCAUAGAGCUGCAGAGUAGAAACAGGAAGUAGACACAAAGCUUCAUCAGUAGUUUGAUGUGGGAGUGUUAAGUGUCAUAAAGUCGAAUCAACAAUCAGCUGAAAGUUUAGUUUGUCUCAUCGUGUUAUUUCCCUCCGACACCUUCAUCCCUCGUCCGUCUCUCCUCUUCCUCAUCAGCUCUCCUGAAACACCGUCAGUGGCCGUCAGAGACUCUUCCUCUUGUUCAUGUCAUUCCCUCCUUUAAUGGAAAAAAUAAACCUCUUCUAUCCGACCUCCAUCUCGCAGCGUCUCCAGGAGAGAAGGUUUCGAGGCAGAUGGUUUAGUGUACAGUGGCCUUAUUCCAUAACACUGCCCUGUGUUAGCACUUAACUCAAACUGUACGUGAACUGAAGACGAGCGCCGCUGCCAAAGGAACCUCCAACGCUCCUCCUGUUUCUGCCUGAGUCUUAUUCUGUUGCCUCAUUUUCCUCCUUUAUUGUGAUUUUUAUUUAAUUUGACUUAAAGGGCCAAAACAUGUGCAACAGCCCCCCGCCCCACCCCCUCUUUUCAUGUCUCACUGUAGUGAAUCAGGUUGUUCAGACGCUGGGUGGAGUCAGUGAUGGUCGUGGUUACAGCCUGAAGCAGAGUUCAACUUCCUGUAAACCAUGGAUUGAAAACUGAAAAAUAAAGAUGUUGACUCUGA